AUGCAAGCAUCUCACAACCUUAACGGUGACCUCUGGAACCGUGAGCAUUUUGACUGGGCCGAGGACGUGGAGGAGGAGAUUCUCAAAACCGAGGCCACCAUGAUAGAACUGUCCCUAAGUCCACCAUUUGACUGGGCCGAAGAGGUUGAGGACGAGAUCCUCAAAACCGAGGCCACCAUGAUUGACCUGGCUUUAAGUCCACCAUUUGACUGGGCCGAAGAGGUUGAGGACGAGAUCUUCAAAGCAGAAACUGCCGCCCAGCAAGAGCGCCCCUGCUCGCCAAUCGGCUGGGAUGAGGACGAAAAGGAUGGCAUAAUCAAGAGGAAGGCCACGAAAUCGAUUGCUCCCAUUUACUGUGACCGAUCUACCUUAUCGUGGGAAUCCUUGCAGGAACAAGUGGAUAACGAAUUCGGUUGGCAAGAGAAGGUAAACCACCAGGUCGGACCCGUACACCAUUUUAACUGGUCGGGGAAGGCUGUGUUUGAGCGCAGCGGCACGCUGCCAGAGGAGUCUCUGGCAAUUAUACGUGCCUGGCCGAAGGUUCCGAAGCACAAAGACGACCCUGACUACAGGGUUCAAGCAAUUCUUUGGAACGCAAACAACUUCUUAGACCCAGUAGUGUUGACGCUGGACGAUGUCGACAGGUCCGUCCUGGAGCUUCAUGGCUCUGCGCUUAUACAUGCCGCGAAAGGCCAUGUGUCAAAACAUUACACUGGUCGUGGCUGGUGGUUGACUGACGACAAAGAGGAGAUGUUGGAUUCGUCAUUGGACGUCGGGGAUGUAGAGGGUUACCUGGAGCCGAACGUGGUGGUUGGCAACGGCUUCGCCGAGGUGAGCAUACUUCCAACGAGGGAAGAACAUGCCACAAUUGCCAAUAAUAUGAUUACCUGGGCGGCUGCCGAAGCCAACGAAAGACCAUAUUGGCAGAAGUACCGAAAACUCUAUUUUGAGCCUACGCGUUCACCACUUCACCAGGUUGCCACUAUUGUGCCGGAUGAAUCUGAAAGCACACGGGCUGAGGCUUCCACCAUCGUGCCUAUGUCCGAUGACUUUGACAGCACAUCGGUCAAGGCUAUCACCAUUGUGUCCGUGUCCGAUGAAUCAGACAGCACGCCGGUCAGGAUGCUGUGUCUUCAGCCAUCGCCCUCCUCCGAGUCGGUCUCUCCUCUAUUUGACGAGAUGAUGUGCUGCGAUGUCAGAAGGGAGCCGACUCCCCCUUGGUCCAACUCCUCCUGUGAACCAGGCUGCCCCUUUCACGACGAACCAGCACUCGUGCUGUGUUGCGAUCGCCAAAGGCAGCCCACUCCCCCAUCUUCAUCCUCUCAUUCCUGCCCCUCGCUCUCCUACUCCUUCGAGUCAGGCUCUCAGAACGACUGCCAGCUCCCGACCUCGCCAGAGCUGCCGGUGGCCCUCGCGGGGUGUCUAAUCGCCCAUGAACCAGUCAUCAUGGAUGACCGUGGCUCAAGGAGCACAUACCAGACAGCCUCGUCACUGAGACGAAAACCCCUUCUUUCGCCUCUACUUCGUUGUGCUUCAGGCUCUUCAGCGUCGCCCCAGAUAUCGACAUUGAAAGCCCCUCAGCAGAGACACCCGAUUGCCUCUCCAACUGGCCUUGUCAACAAUGACAAGCCGAGUCGGGAUCCCGAAGUCUUUUACAGCUUCCCUAAACCACGCGACCGGGGCUCGAAAAUCAAGCGAUUUUUCAAGAAGGCAGGAAAGAUUCUUUUGUCUGGGUUGGGCAUGCCUACACAACCAUUGUAUUCUCCGAAUUGUUUCGAUGUGGUACCAAUUAAGUGA